AUGUCAAAAAAAAAUCAAGAAACAAAUGUAAACUUGGCAACAACAAAUAUAAUAACACCUGUACCAAUUAAAGGUGUUUCAUAUGAUAGUAUUAAAGAUCAAGUAAAGAAGGUUGGUUAUUUAAAGAAACUUGGUGGUAAAGGUAUUUCAAAAAAUUGGCGUAAAAGAUUCUUCGCUAUUACCAAUGCUGGUAUUUUAUAUUAUUUUAAACAUAGAACUAGUUCAGAACCAGUAGGUGCAAUUAAUUUACAAGAGUAUACCAAAAUUUACAAAGAUAAGUCAAAAAAAAGAUAUUUCUUGUUGGUGAAUGAAAAUAAUCCAUCUCAACGUGUUUUUCAUUUAAUUGCAGAUACAGAGGAAGAGCUAUCUAGUUGGAUUAACGAAAUAACAGAGUUCUUUGAGGAUGAUAUUUCUGAUUUUAAAAAUCAAUUAAGCGGUGUAGCAAAACAAAAAAAAGAAAAAAGAUAUUAUGAUACCUUAAAGAGAAAAGAAAUUAAAUCCGCUAGGGUUGAAGAGUAUGAUUUAGAAAAGUUACAGCUAGUAUUCAAGGGUGAUAGACUUUCACUAUUAGUUAAAGACGGUUCGGUAAAUAGUCCAAUAUCACCCGACUCCACCAGUCGUAGUAAUAGUAUUUCAAAUGCAUCAACUUUAAUUUCAAUUAACAGCACCAUCACUACAAAUAUACCUUUAGAUAAUCUAUCAAUUAAAGACCAUAGCUCCACUACCACUCCAACUGUUUCUAAUAGUACAAAUUCAUCUGUAUCACCACCAAGCUCAUCAACAGCACCAACCAAAACACCAAGACCACCACCAAGAAAAAGCUUUCCCAGCUCCACCAGUAAUGAUAAUUUAACUCCAAUCAUUGAUGAUGAUGACGAUGACGAUAGUGAAGAGUCAAAUUAG